AUGACUAAGGUGAUGCAAGGAAAAGACUUUCUGAAACUGUUGGAACGGUACUUAGCAAGGGCUACUGAGAACGUGAUCCACGGGGUCUUUUUCGCAGACGUGGUCGAGGACUUCACUGACACAGAUAUGGUCGUUCAAAUCGUCGUAUUUCGAGAGUUGGACGAUAUUGUCACCGGACUUGAGGCGUACGAUGCGAUUUUUCGAAAGAAAUACUACAUACCUGCUGUGGUAGAAAGCAAACGUCCUCACUACGUUAAGUCGAUCGACUUGACCAAGUUACUGUCAAUGUAA